GUCGAGUUCUAAAACACCGUACCGUCACGACUUCAAGUUCAGGCGGCCAGCUAGGAUGGAUCAUAGUCUGAGAGCUGAAGAGUCUGCUCGAGUCAACUGAAACGACGGACGUGAAGCCUGUGAAGGUCGUCGAUCAAUCUUGAGCGGCGAAAACACCGGGGUCGUCUGCUGCAGCGCGGCAGAUCUCAAUAACGCGAGGAUAAGGUACCGUGACAGUGUAAGGACGCUUAGGAAAGCAAGCGCCUUGCCGCUGUUCCCUCCUCUGAUCCUCUUUGAAGGCCUAUACAGAUGGCGGAGGCAGAGGUGUCAGCUCUGGUCUGUGAUAAUGGAUCUGGGAUGGUCAAGGCUGGGUUUGCUGGCGAUGACGCCCCUCGGGCGGUCUUUCCUAGCAUAGUCGGCCGGCCUCGACACCAGGGGGUCAUGGUUGGCAUGGGACAGAAGGAUGCAUAUGUUGGAGAUGAGGCUCAGUCAAAGAGGGGUAUCCUCACACUCAAGUAUCCCAUUGAACACGGAAUUGUCACCAACUGGGACGACAUGGAGAAGAUCUGGCAUCACACCUUCUAUAACGAGCUGCGGGUGGCCCCGGAAGAGCACCCAGUCCUGCUAACCGAAGCGCCGCUCAAUCCAAAGGCAAACAGAGAAAAGAUGACUCAGAUCAUGUUCGAGACCUUCAACGUUCCUGCAAUGUACGUGGCCAUCCAGGCUGUACUUUCUCUGUAUGCUUCUGGAAGAACCACAGGUAUCGUGCUGGACUCUGGCGACGGAGUCACCCACACCGUUCCCAUUUACGAAGGUUACGCUCUCCCCCACGCCAUUCUGCGCCUCGACCUGGCCGGGCGUGACCUCACUGACUACUUGAUGAAGAUCCUCACGGAGCGGGGUUACUCCUUCACCACGUCAGCAGAGAGGGAAAUUGUGCGCGACAUCAAGGAAAAGCUUGCAUAUGUGGCCCUGGAUUACGAGCAGGAGAUGCAGACCUCCUCUUCCAGCUCGUCUGUGGAGAAGAACUACGAGCUUCCUGACGGCCAAGUCAUCACCAUCGGCUCUGAGCGGUUCAGGUGCCCAGAAGUGCUUUUCAAUCCUGCGCUGAUAGGCAUGGAGUCUGCCGGCAUUCACGAGACCACGUACAACUCAAUCAUGAAGUGCGACGUCGACAUCAGGAAGGACUUGUACGGCAACAUCGUGCUGUCGGGUGGCACCACCAUGUUCCCUGGCAUUGCGGACCGGAUGAGCAAGGAGAUUACGGCGCUGGCGCCCAGUACCAUGAAGAUCAAGGUGGUGGCACCGCCCGAGCGCAAGUACAGCGUCUGGAUUGGUGGCUCGAUCCUGGCCUCACUCAGCACUUUCCAACAGAUGUGGAUUUCAAAGAGCGAGUAUGAUGAGGCUGGCCCCUCAAUUGUCCAUCGAAAAUGCUUCUAGUUGAGAGUAGCACUCCUUUCUUGAUUCCGUUUCGCAAGCUGCUGGAUCUGAAUUAGCCCAUAUUGCUAGCGGAGCAAACAUUUUUGAUGCUUGCUCUUUGGCAUCAUUGUACAAGUAGCACAAAGGAGAAGGAUGUGUUCAACGGGCCUAGCUUGUCCUAAAGCUGUAGUCAUAGACAAACGAUGAUAUGCAUUAGGCUGGUCAGAGAAGCGUGGGCAUGUCUAUCUGGCGAAUCCUGACUUCAUCGAAAUAGUGCAUGAGCAAGCUUGGGGUUUCUAUCGAAAUUUUACAUCAAGGUCAGCUGAUUGCAUGUGAUUUCUUACCUGAAAACAUGUAAAAGUCAUGGGAGGGGCAAGUGUGGAUCACACACUAGUGCUCUCUUUCUUGGUUGUAUAGCCAACUCGUUUGGGGCAGUUCCUCUUGACAUAUUAAGCAAUCAGAUGUUUUCAAGAAGGGCCUAUUUGGGUUGAAUUGUGGCUUUCCGGGUUCUCCAGCCCAAAUAGGGAGCGUUCAACGUCAUUUAAUAGAUCAUUGUUGUUGUAGCAGCUCGAGGAUGCCUCGAGGAUCAUAUGUGGGGAAUCGAUUCGGCCUCUUCUGACGCUUGCAAUUGAUUGUACCUUAUCAUCCG